GAAUUACGUCUUAACGUCGCACCAAAGAUGGCGGCCGCACAUUGAGAGUGAAACCUGCUGAUGUCAGUGCUGUUCGGAUAGAAGCUGGUAAAAUGUCGGAAGCGUUGGGAACUCAAACUGUUGAGGAUCGACUGGAGCGGCUGAAGGAGCUCACCGAGUUCACCGACAGCUGCCGGAAACAGCUCGACGAGAUAUUCACAACGCUGGGGUGGUCGCGCGACUACAACGGCUCCGACCACGAGCCGAUGGAGCAGUGUCCCUACGACCCCGACCACACGGUCCCGGUCAGGAGCAUGGAGAAACAUAAAACCUCCUGCGCCCUCCGACAGAUGGGCUACCCGGCUGAGGAGCAGGCGGAGAUGUUCGAUCCUUCGGUGUGUUACGAGAACAGCAGCGUCAGAAGCUUUACGAUGGACAAACCCACCCAGCACCAGGUGAUCCUGCAGGCCAGAUCUGCUGCACCGCUGAUGAGGAUGGAGGGAGUCUUCUGGCAAGGUCAGUACUCGGGCCAGCCUGUCGACGUCCCUCAGACCCACAAGCGUGCCUUGUGUGACCUUACCGUGGCCGACCGAUUGGCUCUGUACGAUCACGUGAUCCGUGUCCUCGGCCAGCAGAGCGAGGCCGCGUCCUCCAGCAACGAUGACCUUUACGUAGAUUUGGUGUCCAAACUCCAGAAGGACGACAGACAGAAUGAACCAAAGACUCAUCUGGAGCUGAUGGCAGAGAUGAGGGACUACAAGAGGCGGCGUCAGUCCUAUCGAGCCAAGAACGUUCACAUCACCAAGAAGUCCUACACCGAGGUGAUCAGAGAGGUGAUCAACGUCCACUCACAGGAGCUCAGCAGACAGUGGAGAGAGGAAGAGGACGAGGAGGAGUCGACGAGAGCUGAACUCUCCUCCCACAGGCGUCGGCCGGAUGAAAGGCGGUCGGCGUCGUCAGAGUCUCGACACAGCCGACGCCAUCGCAGCCGGGAACGGAGUCAAGACAGAGAGAGCAAGAAGAAGAGGAAGAAGAAGGAGAGGGAUUCCCGCUCCCCCGAUGACCACCACCACGACCGAAAGAAGAAGAAAAAGAAGAAGAAAGACGAGAGGGAGAAGGAGAAGUGAUAGCGCUGAAUCAACAACAACAGAAGUCAGAUCAGCUGAGGUCAAAGGUCACUGUGGCCUUUACAGGUCAAAAUGUUUCCGGUGUCAUAACAUUUUAAAAUUGAAACGUGGGGAUUUUGGAGACAAAUUUUGGGGAAUAAAGUUUUGGAAACCAGCAA